AUGGCCAUUGGGAGCGUCAAGCCUGUUGAGGGAAAUGCACCUGACUCAUCUGAUGCUGAUGCUCCUAUGACCCGAAGCAGAACUCGUCAAGCCACUGCUAAAGAAAAUGCUCCUCUGAAUGGAAAUGGAAAUGGAAAUUCAAAUGCCGUACAAAAUGGCAAUCAGGAAGGGAAUGAUGACACAAAUGCUGAUGCUAAUGAUAAUGACAAUCAUGAAGAAAAUGCUCAUCCUCACGUGGCAAAUCGAGUUGAUCCCUCUUUAAUUCUCGACGAAAUUGAGAAUCCAGAACCUACCAAGUAUGAAGAAGCCAUGAAUGAUCCAGACUGGAUGAAUGCCAUGCCAGAGGAUUUGGUGCAAUUCGAAUUAAAUGAUGUGUCGGAACUGGUUGACAAACCGAAUCCCAAGAAGCACAAUAUCAUCGGCACAAAAGGGAUUUUUCGCAAUAAGCAAGAUGCAAAUGGUAUUGUGAUGAGAAACAAAGCACGUCUUGUUGCUCAAGGGUACUGA